CGUGCCCAAACAGGUCGAGAACUGGAUGAGGUAAGAACCUCCCGGUCCAAAAAAUGUCCAUGGCAAUGGCCGCUUCCUUCGCCGCCCGCCACCACCACGGUCACCUCGCCGCCGGCCUCCCCUCCAUCCCUCAAGCAAGCGGGAGGACUAGCCGCAGCGGUGGCACCAUCUCCAUGAAGGCUCAGAAAAAGCAGAGCAGUGAGCCUGGAAGUGGGAAGGGGGCCGGGGACGGGCGAGUCAGCGGUGGGCGGCGAGUGUGGCGCCGCCGGAAACUGACCAAAGAGGAUGAUAUGUUGCGUUACAAGUUGGAUCGUAUCCCUUUCUUAGAAGAGAAAGUGAGAAAAGUAAGGGAAAAUGGGAAGCUUGUGUGCUUGGAUAUCAACCAGCUCAUGUUAUCUCAAGAGAAUAGGUUUGCAUUCACAAUGGAGGUGGCAGAAGAAGCUAAUGCCUAUCUUGAGAAACACAGGCAUGAGUAUGGAUUGAAAAAACCUAUACUACAUGUGCUCAGUGACCGCAUGAAUGAAGCUGGAUUUUCUCGGCCAGAGGGCUACCUUUAUCCUUAUCCUAUCAAGCCCGGGCCUUAUUUCAUAAAAGAAGAAGGCAAUUGAAUAGAAUCACAUGCUUUAUCGAUCAAGGAACACUAGUUUGGGGGGCGUCCUGACAGAAUGGAGCGGUCUGCAGGGCUCCUAGUUUUUCUUGUAUACACUACGCAGUUGAGGGGGAGUUUGAAAGAUCUGGAGCAACUUACAAAAUCAAAUUUAAGAUGCGUUUUGUCCCCAGAGCUCUGAAGUUUUGCACCCAGACCUCCAUGUUAGUAACAAUAUUAAGCGAAGGUAGCCUGAUCUUUCUUGACUGUCGUCUGUGUGGUUCUUCAGUGCUGACAUGGGAUUGGGAUGCUGAGAUUCGCCGAACAAGAUCUACUGGCCCAUUUUAUUGUUGUCUUGAAAUAUUUAUAUAGAUAUUAUUGAGAUAUUUACAAUAAAUUUACCUCUUUCCAAUUAA